UUGACUAUUUAGCUGAAAUGUUCUGGGCUGACUGCUUGGAGAGCUCUGCUGGUAGCAAUUCUUGCACAGACACAUAGCAAUACUAGAUAUAAUCCCAAGUAAUUCUGGAAAAGAUUUCUGAGGUUGGAAGUGCUGUGACUGUCAACAAGACAUAACAGCAAAUCCACAGAAAACUGUCUGAGUUGGUUUUCUUCCGGUCCUGCAGAAGUGAGUCAGUGGUGGAUGAUGGCGUCUGUUAAAAAGUUCCUCAUAGACUCACUGGAUGAUUUGGAUAAAGCUCAGCUGAAAAGGUUUCAGUGGCACCUGAAAAAUGAUCAUAAGCUUCCAGCUUCUGGACUGGAGGAAGCAGAUGUCUUAGAUACAGUAGAUAAAAUGGCGGAGCGUUAUAAACAAGAUGAAGCUGUGAAGAUCACACUGGACAUCCUGAGGAAGAUGAACCAGAACCAGCUGGCUGAAGAACUUGAGAACAAACACAAAGAAGGUUCCGCUGCAGUUGAAAGUAAAGCUGAUGAUUACAUUGAGUUCAGCAACAGACUGAAGAACGACUUAAAAGAGAAUUAUGAGAAAAUAUUGGAUGGUAAUUCACACCAGAAUACGCACUUGAAUGAUAUUUACACUGAUCUCUAUAUAGUAAAGAAUCAGACGGGUGGAGUAGUGAAUCAACAUGAAGUGAGACAGAUUGAAUUAAACAGAACUGCUCCUGAGAACACGUCAGUCAAGUGUAAUGACAUAUUUAAAGUCCGGCUUGAUACAGGUCGACAAAACAGAAAAGUGCUGACGAUAGGCAUUGCAGGUGUGGGCAAAACUGUCUCUGUCAGUAAAUUCAUCCUAGACUGGGCUGAAGGGAAAGAAAAUCAGGAAAUCAUCUUUAUUUUUCCUCUGCCCUUCCGUGAGCUGAAUCUGAUUCAAAAGAACCACAGUCUAAUGGAGCUGAUUAAUAAAAACUUCUUUAGUUCUAAUAAACAACUGUCAUCACUGCCUAAAGAAAAAGGUCAAGUGAUGUUCAUCUUUGAUGGUCUGGAUGAGUGUCGCUUCUCUUUGAGCUUUGAGAAGAGCGAGAGAUUCACAGAUGUUCAUGAGAAAACAACAGUGGAUGUGAUAGUAACAAACUUAAUCCAGAGAAAUCUGCUUCCAUCCGCUCUCAUCUGGAUCACCUCCAGACCAGCAGCAGCCCAUCUGAUACCUCGACGCCACAUUGACCAGGUGACAGAGAUACGAGGAUUCAACGAUGAGCAGAAGAAGAAAUACUUCAUUAGAAACAGCAGACCUGACAUGUCAGAGAGAAUCAUCUCACACAUCAAGAGAUGCAGAAGUCUGUACAUCAUGUGUCACAUUCCCAUCUUCUGCUGGAUCUGUCUCAGUGUUCUCCAGCCUCUGAUCACUCAAGAGAAUCAGGACAAAAUUCCCACAACUCUCACAGGGAUGUACGUCUACUUCUUAAUCUCUCAGAUGGAAAAGAUGAAAGCAAAAAAACAAAGUGACAACGAUCCUCAGUCUUUAGAAGAUGUUGUUCUGAAGCUCGGGGAACUGGCCUUCAAACAGCUUCAGAAAGGAAAUCUGAUUUUCUAUAAAGAAGAUCUUGAGGAAUGUGGGCUGGAUGUCCGUGAAGGUGUGGUUUUCUCUGGGUUAUGCACUCAGAUUUCUGAAAAGCCAGUUUCUGGGAGGAAUGUCUACAGUUUUGUACAUCUCAGCGUUCAGGAAUUCCUCGCUGCUCUUUUCGUGCUUUUCAUUUACAAACACAAAAAAAAAAACCCAUUCCGUCUCACUCUCGGAGGCAAACUAAAAAUGACAUUUGCAAAUAAUUCACUGUUUGACCUUCAUAAGACUGCUGUUGAAAAUGCUCUUCAUAGUGAGAACGGACACCUGGAUCUUCUCCUACGGUUUCUCGUGGGUCUCUCUCUGGGGUCCAGUCAGAAUGAGCUAAAGGAUCUUCUGCCCUCACUGAAGAUAACAACAGAAGACAUGAGACGCACAGCUGAAUAUAUCAAAAAGAAAAUUAAGAGUGGAAAUUACGGAUCAUCAGAGAAGAGCAUCAACCUCUUCCACUGUUUGAAUGAACUGAAAGAUGAUUCACUGAUAACAGAAAUCCAGGAGUAUCUGAAUUCAGGAGGUCUUUCAGCACAAGCUCUUUCCUCUGUUCAGUGGUCUGCUCUGGUGUUUGUGCUGCUGAUGUCUGAUGAGACUCAAGAGAUGUUUGAGAUGCAGAAAUACAGAAGAUCUGAUGAAGCUGUGAAUCGACUUCUGCCAGUGAUCAGAAACACCAGAAGAGCUCUUCUUCAGAACUGUAAUCUGACUGAUGAGUGUUGUGAAAGUUUGUCUUCAUGUCUACAAUCAUCGACGUCUCUGAGAGAGCUGGACCUGAGUAACAAUGAUCUGAAGGAUUCAGGAGUGAAGCUGAUCUCUGAUGCUCUCAAGACACACAACUGUCAACUACACACACUGCGGUUAUCAGGUUGUAUGGUGACAGAUGAAGGUUGUUGUUAUUUGGCUUCAGCUCUGAGUUCAAACCCGUCACACCUGAGAGAGCUGGAUCUGAGCUACAAUCACCCACAACACUCAGCACUUCAGCUGCUCGCUUAUCAAAAUGAUCCAAACUACACACUCAACAAACUCAAUGUGAGUCACGGAGGAGAGAUAAGAAUAACAGGAGGACUAUACAAGUAUGUCUGUGAUCUCACACCGGAUCCAAACACCGCAAACACUCUCCUCAAACUGUCCGAAGAGAACAGAAAGAUCACAGGUGUGAGGGAGCGUCAGUCGUAUCCUGAUCAUCUGGACAGAUUUGAUUAUUGUCCUCAGGUUUUGUGUAGAGAGAGUCUGACUGGACGCUGUUACUGGGAGGUUGAAUGGAGCGGAUUACACGUUGACAUAUCAGUGUCAUAUAAAAGCAUCUACAGGAAAGGAGAUAGUCUGGGCUGUUGGUUCGGAUACAAUGAUAAAUCAUGGAUUCUGAGCUGCUCUUAUAAAACAUUCACUGCACGUCACAAUUUUAAACGAACAGUCAUUGAUGUCUCUUCAGGUGUGUGUAAGAGAGUAGGAGUGUAUGUGGACAAGACGGCCGGCACUCUGUCCUUCUACGGCGUCUCUGACACACACACACUCACACACUUACACACAUACAACACAACAUUCACUGAGCCUCUCUGUGCUGGAUUUCAUUUGUUUUCUAGCUCCUCCGUGUCUCUGUGUGACAUAAACAGCCUCUAUAAAGAACCUCCUGUUAAAAAGAAGAGAGAUACACACAUAACCAGAUGAGUUAUUACAAGGGGUGUAGUUGUGUACCGAACCGUUACGGGCAACAUUAUAAAUAUAGUCAUCAUUCCUAUGGCCUACUCCUUCGAAGGGCAGAGCCCUUGGAGUUUAGACUUUGGAGUGAACAGGGCAUUUGAGUGCCAUUAUGUAGACGUUUGGAAUGCACUUGGCUAAGGAAGUGACGGCAUUUCCUCAUUAUCUUCAGUUGGCAUGUUCCUGUGAAAACAAGGAUUGUGUCCAUUUGGAAUUUUCCCCGUGACAGCUUGUGAUGGUUCGGUAAGAAUACGCACACCGUUACACCUCUAGUUAUUACAAUUAAUACUGUUACUGGGUGUGAGUGUGUGUCACUAGUUUGUUUCCAUCAGAGGCAAAAGUCCAUGUGCGAGUGGAGAAAGAUGAUCUUUUUAGUUUUCAUUAGUUGGUUGUUUCUCUGUCACUGAUUUAAUAAUUCUGUAGGGUUGAAAAAAUAACAGGAAUGUAUUGCCGUGUCAAGACCCCCCUCUCCUCCCAAAAGACACCAAUUGUCCUUCUAAAGAUCACAGUGGUGCUGAUAACGAUCAACCACUAUUGUCCAAGAUGUUUGUUUAUUGUGGGUUGAGUACACUAGGGGUUAAACAUGAUUGGUCAAUUUGAAUGUAUCAUGUUAGGUUUAGUCACAUGGUCAAGGAAAUCAAAAGGAAAUGUAAGACGUGCUCAAGCUCUGUUCUUCUCCUCUCUAUGAGCUCUGGCUCUUUUUAUCUUGGCUCUUCUUCUUCUAAACUUUCUCUCUUGUCUGUCCUGUCUCUCAGAUUCUAUCUCAUAGGAAAUUAUUACUUGUAUCAUUUUAUGCAUUUUACAUGUAACUUCAAUUUAAGGCUGUUAUUAAACACUUUCAUUUUCA